AUGAAAAAUAUACUCUAUGGCACGAAUUCUCUUUUUGGGCUGGUGGUCUCAAUCUACGGAAAUCUUGACUUUGGCCGUCCCCUUAGGCUCCGCUCGAAAGGCUUCAUUGAGUUCUUUGAAAGAUUCUACCACCUGACACACAUUGGGCUCUUGCUUACAUCGAUCUCUUUUCUUAUGGGAAUGCUGUACAGGCGCCAAAAACGGUAUGAUGAGAACAGCAGAAUCAGCAAAACACUCAAAGUGCUCUACAUGGACAUUCUUGCCAUCACAGUCACCGCUGAGUGUUUUAUUCCUCUAAUAUUCUGGGUACUUUGGCAUAUUGAUGAGUCAUCAGUGGUCACUAAGUCCUCCUACGUAGGGGAAGAUACAAUUUCUCUUUUUUUCAACCUGUGCAUGCACGGGCUUCCAACGAUCUUUCUUCUGGUGGAGUUUUUCACCUUUGAGUUCUUGGGGCGCAGGGGACACUAUCUCUUUCUCUUUCUGUUUUUUAUGCUGUACAUAGGCGUUAUGUAUUUGUUCAACAUAAAAACAGGGGAAUGGCCGUAUGGCAUUGUGGGCACGCUCGCAGGGCCGUACCGCAUUACGUUUUUCGCUGCUUGCUUUGCUGUUCUGUGCGCUCUGUACUAUCUUCUGUCGUGUUUCCACUUUAUGGUGUGGAAAACAAAACACGAAAAAAGGAGAAACAAGGAGAGAAAGCUGGAAAAAACAGUUUAA